AUGGAUACAGGUCCCUGCUCGGGGAGGCAGGAGAAUCCCCUCCUGGUCUCCCUCACCUUCCCAGUUGCCCCUACACAGCAGCCCGGCACGAUAGAGCAGGCGGUGAACGAGCUGCGCGCCGUCGUGCUGCCCGCCGAGGACGGGGAGGUGCAGAGCGUCUGGCUGCUCACCGAAAUUGAUCACUGGAACAACGAGAAGGAGCGUCUCGUUCUUAUCACGGAUUGGUCCCUCCUGAUCUGCAAAUACAACUUCAUCAGCCUGCAGUGCCAGCACGUGACGAGGAUAGGCCUCAGUGCAGUUGAUACCAUCUCCGUAGGAGAGUUUGAGUUCCCACCCAAAUCUCUGAACAGGCGAGAAGGUAUCGGUAUUCGAAUUCAGUGGGACAAGCAAAGUCGCGCCUCCUUCAUAAACAGAUGGAACCCGUGGUCCACAAACAUCCCAUAUGUCACCUUCACCGAACAUCCAAUGGCAGAUGCUGAUGAGAAGAUUGCAUCCCUUUGCCUAUUGGAACACUUUAAAGCUCAGCUAAUUCAAGCUGUGAAGAAAGCCCAUAAGGAGUGCCCCUUGCCAGGAAGGGCUAAUGGCGUGCUAGUGCUGGAGCGUCCUCUUCUGAUCGAGACUUACCUGGGAUUGAUGUCCUUCAUCAACAACGAGGCCAAACUUGGCUACUCCAUGACAAGAGGCAAAAUUGGAUUUUAA